AUGUCGGGCAACCUCAUCGACCUCAGUGACGAGGACACCUCCUCUCAGGAUACCACUGGCAUCAACGGCAUCCACCGUACCAACGGUCUUGUCGGCCGCAUGUCUCUCUCGGAGAACCGCGCAAGGUCGCCUCCCCGCAACCACUUCGCAGGUCUCGAUGUCCUCAUGAGACAGAGGCAGUCUUCCACACCAGUCCCUUCACCAGCUCCGCGCCCGGUGUCGCUGCCAACCGUGUCCAACGUCCCUCGCUUUGCGACACGUCUCUCUUCAAGUUCGGAGAUGUUCUCCCCGUUGGCUCAGCCGUACAGGGCCCCGGAGUCUGUGGCGUCUUUCCUGCAAGAGCAGCAAGAGCCCUUGACCUCCGCCCUUAGGUCUGAUCAGCCGAUCCCCGAGUAUAUCCCUGAGAACAGAAUGGAGUUCAGGAGUAUGAUUGAUACUAUCAAUGACUACAACAAGGCCAUCGACAGCGAGUCCGAUCAUCGUUCUGAUCACAGCUCCUGGUCGCCACCCGUCCCCGUCCCUCAAAUCGAGUUAUCCGUGCCUGCUGCAUCUGAUACACCCCCGACUCCAGCAGACUCCGUUGUGGAUGCCGUUCAUGAUUUCGGAUCCGACCAACCAACGAUGGUGUGGAUGACUGAGCAGGAGCAGGUGACCGUGCUAGAGGACAGGUUGGCAGCCGCUCAGGAAACCCUCGCCAGGCUGGAGCGCGAGAACGCUGAGGCCGAUAGGAAGCUAGGACUUCUCGGAUACCAGCUCGAGUCCACCGAGAACCAGAAUGCCGCAAUGUCUCGCGCUAUGUCUGAGAAGGACGCCAUGAUCAAGAAGCAAGAUCUCGGAAUGAAGAAGCAGGGCGCUGAUAUCAAGGCCAAGGACGCUCAGCUGGUAAGGAAAGAAGUUGUGAUCGCGAAACAUGUUGCUGAGAUCAAGAAGAAUCAUCGACAGUUAGGUGCUCGCAAUGCGUUGAUCAACAAGGCAAACCCCGGAAAUGACAGGGUCGGUCUACAUGGCGCCAAGAUGGCUGCUAAGGAUGCCGAGUUGGCCGCUAUAGACAUCAAGUUGGCCGCUAGAGAUGCCGAGUUGGCAGCACUCAGGCGAACCCUUGAAGAUCGCAACCGCGAGAUCGAGACCGCCGAGGCAGCCAUCGAGGAGGACAAGAAUCUCAUCAUCAAGGAGCAACAGAAGGCAGCCGACCAUCAGCGGAUGAUCGACUAUUACCUCUCGCAGAAUCAACACCUUGCUGACGCUGCGACUGCACGCGAGAAGACCAUAGCUGAUCUGCGACAAGAGCUUGUCGUCCGGAAGUUCGAGCUGACCGACGCCCAAGAGCAACGUGGAAACCGCGGCGCCAUCGAGGACAUCAAGGGCAAGCUUCGUGAAAUGACCACUCUUUCCGAUCGCCAGCGAGCUCAGCUCAAGGACGCCAAGGACGAACUCAAGUUCAAGGAUGCCCGCAUCAUGGACCUCAGUAACAACGGCGAGCGUCUCCGUGGUGCCAUCCAUGUCGUCCCGCCGCGCAAUGUCAAGCUCCCUGAGACCGUCGUAUCAUGCACGGAGUGUUACGCCAUGGACCGGCGAUGCGACAGCGGUACCAAGUGUCGCCCCUGCAUGGAGAACAACACCGAGUGCCUGCGCUUCAUGUGCUCAUUGAAGUACAAGAACGGCAAUUGCCCUCUUAGAGGCGACGUCGACCAGACCUCAGACCUUGAAGUCAGACUCGAAAUAAAUUCCAGCUCAACGACAGACUACCAGAACGUCAUCUACAAUCAAUCUGCAACGAGCCUCAGUUUAGACUACCUUCCCCCCGACCAUGACGGAGACGUUUGUACAGAGAUCAAAGUUAUGAUAUACUUCCGUCCGGAAUCAUCCGUGCGUCUAUUGGAUGUGCUCGAGAUCAGGUCCGAGACAUUCGAUCUAUGGGUCCACGACUGGGCCUGGCAGAUCAACAACCUCAUCACACAUACUGCGCACGGCGAGUACACAUACGAAGGCGGCAAAGGCCCGGACCCGUUGCAUCCACACAACAUCGAUUCCAGCUCAAUAAUCGGAGUCAUUUGGGGCUGGUACGGCUGCGAAGGUAAAUUAAAAAUACACAGCAAAAGCGGGCAGAUUGAUCUGAUGCUGGUACCGCGGUAUACGUUCAUUGGAAAACCGAUGCGACCUGAAGAAAUCGUGGUGUAUACAGACAGCGGAGACAUCAACGUCGCUGCGCUCUGGGAAUAUUGGCCACAGCAGCCUUUUACACAUUACACGGAAAUUCACUCGGCUUACGGCAAUGUAGUCGUGGAGAUACCACAUGGCUCGUACACUACUCUCGCGAGUAUCGAAGGCAACGUAAACGCAUAUCUACGACCAUUUGCUGCCGUGAGUCCGGAUGAUGAAAGCACGAUUAGAACGACUACAUUGUAUGGUAACACAGCUUUGCAUCUGGAUAAUGCAGGCCGAGAGCUCUUGGAUGAGCUUUACGAUCCCCUUCUCAGUACGAAGAGUGACCACUACGUCGGCACUGGUGAUUUGUACCUGCGGUACCCGUUCAGUUGGUUUGGGAAAAUGGAUGCGACUGUGAAGAAAGGCUCGAUCAAAUUUGGGGGCAGUGCGCUGGAUGAGAUAGAGGAAGGUGAGGGGUUUGUGAAGGCUGUCAGAGGGAGAGGCGCGGGAAGUCGGAUGGAUGCGCAUGUUGAAUUGAGGGGGAUCAUGGAUGUCACACUGGGUAUUUGGGACACAGAUGAGUGA